AUGGCUCAUUCCAAGCUUAUAGCAGCUGCAUUGUUGAUUUUACUCUUUGUUGAUCUUGCCUUUUGUGCAAGAUUAGGAAAGUCGGUAAAUGGCGGUAAAGGAGGCGGAGGUGGAGGGUCAGCCUUAGGGUCUGGUUCAGGUUAUGGUUCGGGAUAUGGUUCAGGGGAAGGCUCAGGAUAUGGUGGGGGUGAUGGGCUGUAUGGGAGUGGUGGAGGUGGCGGCAGCGGAGGCGGAGGCGGUGGGGGUCGGGGAAAUUCGGGUAUGGGUAGUGGUUCUGGAUAUGGGUUCGGAUCUGGAUCAGGGUAUGGAUCGGGUGAAGGAAUAGGAAGGGGUGGAGGCGGUGGAGGAGGUGGUGGUCGUGGUGGAGGAGGUGGUGGUGGUGGCGGCACAGGAAAUGGCUCAGGGUAUGGUUCUGGCUAUGGAAGUGGAAGUGGCUCUGGAUAUGGAAGUGGUGGGGCUAGAGGAGGAGGAGGCGGUGGCGGUGGAGGAGGAGGUGGCGGUGGAGGUGGUGGCGGCGGUGGCAGUGGCAAUGGUUCAGGGUAUGGUAGUGGCUCAGGGUAUGGAUCAGGCUAUGGUUCAGGAUAUGGAGGUGAUGAACGACCUUGA